AUGUCUGGUGGCAAUGGCUUGCUGGGCAUGUCCUUCUCCGCGCCCAUCUUCGCCGAUGCUGCUCACAGAGUCCGGCCAGGCAGUGUGGCAUUGGCCUGCGAGGGCGCUUCCGCAGCCUCACCACGCCUGCCAUCUACUCGGCCCAUCGAUCAACGCUGGGACCGAUCUCGAGGCAUCAUCUCCAGCAACGCGAGGCGCACGAUAGCACGCGAUCACACCUGGUCGCCAACGCAUGGCAUCAUAUUCGGCAACAUCCCAGCCUCGACCAGAUACUAUGCCACUAACCCGGUCUUCGCCAAGAAGAAGCCACUCGCUACAGACUCGGCUGCUACUACCUCAACGGGUACUACCGCAUCGGAUCAUGCGACCAAGGCUGGAUGGGCCGGCGACAAUGUUCAUAGAGCUCCGAGUAUGAGUAUGAACCAAGUAGAGGCCACUCAGCUGCGAAGCAAGAACAGUCAGUUGGAGUCUGACAUCAAGAGUCGAGACAACGAAAUCAUCCAACUGAAGAAGCACGGCGACACCCAGCAGGACAAGAUCAAGCAGAUGCAGUCAGACUUUGAGGACAAGAUCAAGCGGAUGCAGUCAGACUUUGAGUUACAGAAACGCACGCUGGAGGAGAAGCGUCAAGCAGAGACGUCGAAGCUGGAGAAGAGGCGUCAAGCAGAGACGUCAAAGCUCCGGGCAGAGCUCUAUGCACAAACGAAGUUCCUUGCUGAUGCGGAGCCCUCGGCGCAAAAUAUAGAGAAUCAGCGCGCAAUCGCUCGCGACGAAACCCGCCGGCAAGUUGAAGCUGUGAUGCGCUGGCAGCACGAAAUCCAAAUCAAAGAGCUCAAAGAGUCGUAUGCACAGCAGAUCGCGACCGCCGUAGAGAACUCCCAAGUCCUUACAGAAGCGAGGAAUCAGAAUGCGCUGCUUGCCGCCCAGCACGAACAGGAACGAGUGCGACACCGUGAAGCAAUGGAAAAGGUCCAGGCCGAAGUGAAAAGCGCAACCAAGGAAAUUGCAGAGCAUAAACACUUGAGCAGCUAUUUCCAGCGACAGUAUAGCGCCCGGCAGAGUCGAGCAAAGACCGACCGAGACAGCUACAUCACCUACCGCAACAUCUUCGACGAUGUGCACGACGCUGCGCACGAUACGAUGACCAAGCUCUUGUUUCUUGCGCGUCUGCUUCAAUCUGAAGCGCGACUCUGGCGUAGAUCGGCGAGCACUUUCCAAAACACAAAGCACUUGCAUCUGUUCCGCCAGACUUCCAAGCACAACGUCAUCAGGAAGUCUAUCAACAAUUUUCUUGAAGAACGAUCAGCGCAUGCUGAACUUGGGGCUGGGAACAUCAUUCAACUUGCGACGCAGCUUCGCGCCGAUGCACAAGCUUUCAAAGGUCCUGCUCAUAUGUCCAGAAAGCUCACGAGGUUGCUCCACUAUGACGAGGAGCACACAGCUUUUGAUCUUGUGGACGCUGCGUUUCACAUUGCCACGGUGCUCCCGUUCCGCCAGCGACGUAAAGAGUGCGAUGGCAGAAUCUCUCAGAUCCAAGCUGAAGUGUCAAACUCUGAGCAGAGCGGACAAACGGUGGACCCAGCUCUACGGCAAGAGUUGGUCGUGUUACGUGACAGACGUGCUGCAACGAUCAGACUCUUGAGCUUAUUUGAACUCAUUCGAAGGAUGAAAGCCUAUGAAGCACUCUUGCAUGACACUCCUGUGGAGAAGGCCGUCUUCCUGCGAACAGCAGACGCAUUUGAGGAGUUCAGCCAGGUGCAAGAUAUGUACUUGGGCCUCUUCGAGAGGUUACAAGCAUCAUCGAACGAGAGUCGUAUCGAUCAAAAAGAUCGUAUGGACCUCCGUCGCAAGUUCAGAUAUGAAGAGACGAAGGCUAAUACAGCUCUCGACGAGCUCCGAGUCCAAGCCCGCAACAGGUGCGUUCUCGAACAAGAGUUGGAUCAGCUCACAGACACGGAGCAAGCCGAGGCGGAUCGCGAAAUAAAGAGGCGCAUUGAACGGCUUGUGGGGCAACAGAACGACCUUAUCGACCAACUUUUGCCAAGCAUGAGGUCCAUUGGUCGCCAAACCCGCGCAUCGUUGAUGCGAGCAUCGAGCAUGGACGACAGGAAGGCCAAGCUCCCGGGAGGUGUGUCGGCUGCAAAGUCAACAAGGCUUAUCCCACUCACUAAACUCGAGACCGCCCUGAGAACGCCGCUGAAGAGGAGAACGCCAGAGCAGGCUCUGAUGAUCGCUGAAAAGACGCUCGGAACGAAGCAGCGGUCGUUCAUGCGUGAGAUUAGCCGCGAAGCACUGGAAAGCGUUGCGGAUGACCAGGCCCAGGACCUGCACGGCUUGUCUCGGCGAAUCGCGCGUCUGAAGCCACGAGUGCAUGCAGACAACAGGAGGUCACUUAAGCUGUGGAAAGAACUCGAGGAACGGUAUCGACAAAGAAGAAAGGCCGUAGCCUCGUUGCUUAAUCGUGAGCCAGGGUCGGUCGAGGUCUUCGACGCCACUAUUACAGCUAUAGCGUCCAACAUCGCUACACUGAAAAUAGAGCUCAAAGCAGGGGUGAUUGCAGCUGGUGCGCCCGGCAGUGAAGGUUCCAGCAACGGAGGUUCCAACAAUGGAGGUUCCAGCAAUGGAGGUUCCAGCAAUGGAGAUUCUAGCAAUGGGGUUUCUGACGUCAAACGCAGCGAGUCGGACGGUACGCCCGCUGCCAAUGCAAUUGCAGUCGAGCCUGAAGUCAGAAUUGAGAGUGUCAAACCGCCUGCAAGCCAUGCGGAAGGCGAUAGCGGCAGUGCACAAGGACCAACAGCUUCCCCUGCUGCACCGGGCAGCACAAACACCAACCGUACCUGGACAAUUGCACCAGCGAAGAAGUCUCGCCGUGAGCGGUUCCCCGUGCGAAAGCAAACGACUGACAAUACUUCCAUGGACGGUCUCAUCGCGAAGCUCGGAGCCAAGGCCGCAAACGUUUCAGGUGGCGCUAGCGCAGACGCCUUGAGUGGCGGACUCAAGCUGAAGCCCACCGCACCAAAGCGUUCACAACAUUCACUGUUCGCGUCGCCUUCAUUUAGCGUGCGCGCUGUCCAUAAGAGUACGGCUUUUUCGCGAAGGACAUUCACUGCCGCUGCCUCGGAUGCUGACUCAUUGUCCCACCUCCAAGAAGCAGAUCUCGAUGCUCUUGAUGAAGCCUUCUCGACGAUGCCUUCUCUUCCAACCGAUCCGACGACACCUCACGAAGAAAUGAUCAGGUCUACCCACGAAUCUGCACCUGUCGCUCGCAGUCAAGGUGCGAUGCCGCCAACUGCUCAGUCAACACCUGCUCCAGGCGACACACUGGAAGACGAGGCCUCUGGAUACUCGCCGGGUAUCGCACCGUCUGUUGAGUCCCCAGGAUCGGUCGCGCCUGAUUCAUCGCCAGCGGAGAGCAAUGACGUGGAUGUUGAGCUUACCUACAAUAUCCCGGCCCAGGACUUUCGCGCGGCUAUAAUGGCAUCUCCGAACUCGAGCGCUGCGUUCUGGUCGCAUCGACUUUACAGAGGCACAGAUGGCAAGCAACCGGCAGUGAUGUACUGUAAAAGCUUCGAGGUGGCCGAGCGACAAGCCAGGUUGUUUACGAAUGAGAACGUACUCGGAUUUGACCUGGAAUGGGAACCGCAGACGUCUAUCAAGACUGGUCACAUUAAGAGGAACGUGUCACUCAUCCAGAUCGCCGCCGAGGACAAGAUUGCAUUGUUCCAGAUCGCGCUGUUCAAAGGUGACACGGCGGAAGAGCUUAUGCCACCCACGCUAAAAGCCAUCCUGGAGUCUGCAGAUGUGGUCAAGGCUGGAGUCAAUGUUGUGGGUGAUGCGCGCCGCGUGCGCGAGCUGCUCAACAUCGACAUGAAGGGCGUUUUCGAGCUCAGCCACAUGUAUAGGGUGGUCAAGUACUCUGAGCAAGAGCGGAAGAACGUUAGCUUCAAACUCGUGUCUUUGGCCAGCCAGGUUCAGGAUAUCCUCAUGCUGCCAUUGAAAAAGGACGACAAUCGAGUCAGUGCGUGGUCGCGGGAGCUGAAUACACAGCAGACUGAUUAUGCGGCGUCUGAUGCCUAUGCCGGAUUUCGAUUAUAUCACAAGCUUGAUGAGAUGCGCAAGUCCAUGGACCCAAUGCCGCCGAGGCCUGGAUUUCUGGAGCAGGAAUUGCCGCUCACACUAGGUGACGGCACGGAGGUCUACAAGUCGUCAUGGAAAGCAUCUGGACGCAAGACGGCGGCCACAAGCAAGGGUGUUGAUGUGGAGGAGGAAGAAGACGAGUUCUUCGACGCCAUUGAGGAACAGAAUGCCAAUGAUCUCACCGCGAAGAUGGAGUCACUUGAUAUUGCUGGAGACGAUGGCGCGACUACAUCGACUGUCACAUAUCCAACACUGCCACAGCUUGAUACAGAACAGCCUGCUGAGGACGCCAAUGCGAGUCCUGCCGCUGAAGCGCCCCAGGACGAGGGACCCCAGCCAAGAGCCGAGGCGACCCGACAGUCAGCACGACCAGACACGACGGAACUCAAAGCUGCAGACGCAUGGGUAACGGACUGGCGGUUCUCGCUUCCGCCAGACUGGACAGUGUCAGCUCGAUCGUUCGAGCUGCGAGCAUACCAUCUCUGGCACCAUCAAGGAUUCGCCUUGAAGGAAGUCGCAGCUAUCUGUCGUGAGCCGCCAUUGGCCUUGACGACGGUAGCGAGCUAUGUCAUGCAGGCGCUGAAGGAGGAGAAUUUGCCUUAUGAUCCGGAGCGGGUGCGAGAUCCGAGGGACAUCUUGCCCACGAGUGUGCAUAGGAGGUAUCAGAAGAUCUUUGAUCGUAUACCGAAGUAG